AUGGGUGAGUUUCGAAAUAUUUUCGUAUGAUAAAAUCUUGUCGCUGAAGUUAGCUCAACUCUGAACGUGAGCUAUGAUGUGGAAAAACCUGGAGAUUUUGAAAAAUCGUGGAACAAGGCUGUAUAUUGCUUCAAAAAUACGUUGAUAAUGCUUGAUUUCAUAAAUUCGAAGAGCUUUUCGAAAAUUCAAAAGAUUUUGUGUAUAACUUAGGGUAACUUAUGUAAUUGGACCUUCUGAACAAUAUCUUCUCUAGAGUUGUUCAGAAGGUACAAUUACAUAAGUUACUCUAACUUGUUCACAGAAUCUGUUGAGUUUUCGAAUAGCUCUUCGAAUUUUUGAAAUCAACUCGCUUUUGAAGAAAUUUAUUGCCUUGUUCCACGAUUUUUCGAAAUCUUCCCGGAAUCCUGAUUUUGUUAAUCAAGUUUCAUCCGAAAACUUGAACCAGAAGCUCAUAAGAAUCCCUGUAACUGAUAUUUUUGCAGUCGAUGUUCCACGAAACUUUCGUCUGUUAGAAGAAUUGGAAGAGGGUCAAAAAGGAAAAGGAGAUGGUAAUAUUUCGUGGGGUUUGGAAGAUGAUAGCGAUAUGACAUUGACCAAAUGGACAGCAUCGAUUAUUGGACCACCCAGGGUUUGUCUUGAUUUUUCGCUGAACACCAAAAAGCAAUAGCCCCAUUUUCAGACACCAUACGAGAGCCGAAUCUACAACUUGCAAAUCCUUUGCGGUCCAAAUUAUCCACGAGAACCGCCAAGCAUCAAAUUCACCACCAAAGUUCAUAUGGUUGGAGUGAAUCAGAGCAAUGGAACGGUUUGUGAUGUUUUUGAGGGGGGAAUUUUGGAUUACGAAAUCGUUAAUCUGAUAUUUCGUAAUAAUUGUGUUGCACCCUGUUCUCUGACAUUUUGAGAGUUGAUCUAACUAAUAAUUAGCUAAAGGUCGCUGAAAAAUUGAAGUUUAGGACGAAAUUAUCGAUUUUUCACUUGCAUUUGAUUCGAACUUUGAUAUUUUCACAGUCUUAUGAGUUUUUAAGCUUGAAAUUUAGAAGUUUAUGAAUUGAGCUCCAAAUUUGAAAAGACGCAAGCCCUAGUCUCCCAAUUUUCAGAUCGAAAAGCGCAAUUUGUCAACAUUGCGAAACUGGAACAACGGCUACAUGAUCAAAAACGUGUUAGAAGAUAUUCGCAAAAAUAUGAUGAUGGCCAAAGAAAACAUGAAACUACAACAACCGGCCGAAGGAGCCAUGUAUUAG